CUGCUAUCCGCUAGAAGUGUGGCUUGUAUGUUUGUUUUGUUGCUGUUCUGACAGCUAACAUAUAUAUUAUAUAUUUGAUUAAAAGCGUUGUCAGUGCAUGUUCAGUCAACGGAACGUGCUGGUUGACAUGUUCGCACGUCACAGCAUCAUCAUAUCAGUCAGGGGGAUUUGUGCGCUGCGAAGAGGGUUCGCUGCAGCCUGCAUAGCUGAAAGAGUUGCUCAAAGUCUCCACGCCUUAAACAGGGUGAAUUCAACCACUACCACUCGUCAAAAUACCUUCCUAAUCUCAGUGUUCGCCUGGAGACGGGUCAAGCUGACCGACAUGCUUUCCGCCAGCAUUGGCGGGGCAGGUAGCGACGCUGGGGGUCUGGAGACUGGCACGGUGCACGACUGUGGCCCACUGUCAGUGUCAACAGGGGGAGCUGCACCGCUCCUAUCCGGACCCAGAGACUGUCACCUGCAGCACAGAAUCAAGGAGGCAAUCGCCACAGAUGGCAAGGUGAAAAGGACCAAUCCUAGAGCCAGGAGGGCUUGGGGCCGGAGACCAAAGGAAUCAGAGUGUGACAGUGUGAUGUCCGAGCUGCCAUUUAGCUCCGCCUCUUCCUGGAAGGAUCUUGGAUUCACCAGCCCCAGGGAGAAGCAGAGGAAGAGGAGGAGAGGAGAGAGUGGCCGAGUGGACAGUGAGGAGGAUGCUGAGAAGAAGAGACUGAAGAAAGAGACUCUGAGGCCAAACUAUUUUGUGUCCAUCCCCAUCACUAACAGCAAGAUCAGUGAGGGUGUAGCUGAUGUCCAGGAGGCGGUGCUUGAGAAAGACCCUAGGCUGGCGCGUGUCAUGAUACCAAUAGGAACUCUCCACCUCACUCUGCUGGUCACGCACCUGGCCAAUCAGGACCAAGUAGACCUAGCGGCGUCCGCCUUGACCUGUAUGGAGGCGGGGCUAGCGGGGUUGCUGGGGGGGCGGGACCUUGUCCUGCCAUUCUCUGGCAUCGGAACCUUCAGGAACGAGGUGGCCUUUGUGGAGCUGGCACCUGGAGGCCACACACACACCCUGGCACAGCUAGCUGACUUGACGAGGACGGCGUUUGAGGAGAAGGGUUUGUCUGCAGGAGACAGCCGAGAUUUCAAACCUCACCUGACCUUCAUGAAGCUGUCAAGAGCUCCAAAACUACGAUCCCAGGGUGUUAAGAAGCUGGAUCCAGGGCUCUACUCGUGCUUUUCCCAGCAGUGUUUUGGAGAGGAGAGAGUGGUCAGGCUGGACCUGUGCUCCAUGUUGAAGAAGAAGACCCCCGAUGGAUACUACCACACCGACGGCUGCCUCCACCUCAAUCUAUUUCACACCACUCCUCGCGCUCGUUCAAGUGGGAAGAAGGGGGCGGAGCCAGAUGAUGCAGAGCUGCAGCGAAUCAGCAGGAAGUUGGUGGAGGAGGCGGUGUUAAAGGCUGUGCAGCAAUACAAGGAGGAAGCGCAUCAUCAGAACGGGGGCGGUCCCACAGAACAUGCCACCCCCCCCGCAGCUGACAACCUAAACACUAAUGUCGUUGCUAUGACAACAUCAGACACGAACCCCAGCAAGUGACCGUGGGUCAUCCAGCCAGCCAGACCCGGAGGCUUAAACAGCCAGCAAGCAAGCCAGCUAACCAGUCAUCCAGCUAACCAGCCAGCUAACUAGCCAGCCAAAUCUAUACUUUAAGGCUUGACAAGUUUACUAACAGCUAACCAGUCAGCUGGCUGAUCAGUCUGUCAGUUAACCAGUCACCCAGCUAACUAGUCAGCCAGGUAAUCAGUCAGCCAUCUCAGUAGUUGAGUUGACAGGAAGAGUGGGAGUGCCCAGCGUAGGAGGAGUUAAAGGAGAACUGAAGACCUUUUGGAUUACUGACCCUUCCAUACAGCUGUACUGUCUCUGUUUCUCUGACUGCACACUACCUCCCCCAAUCCCUCUGUCUUAUUGGGCUGACUCCAGACCAGACACCCCACCCCAGACCAGACACUCCAGACCAGACACCCCAGACCAGACCAGACACUCCAGACCAGACACCCCACCCCAGACCAGACACCCCACCCCAGACACUC